AUGCUGGUAAAGGAUUGCAAAGGAAAAUGCUGGCUUGUUCAUUUCCUCCUGCUGCAAAUAUUCUGGGAUGUGGUUUUGUGUCAGCUCCAUUAUAUCAUCCCUGAAGAAUCUAAACACGGCACAUUUGUUGGAAGAAUUGGUCAGGAUCUGGGUCUUCAGAUGAGUGAAAUUAAUUCCAGAAUGCUAAGGAUUGUCUCUAGAGAUGAGAAGCAAUAUUUCCAGGUAAAUUUGCAAAAUGGAAUUUUAUUUGUAAAGGAAAUUAUAGACAGGGAAGAGAUCUGUCCAGAUAUGCCUGUUUGUGUUAUAUCCCUACAAGUAAUUGUUGAUAACCCAGUGCAGAUGUACCGGGUAGAUGUAGAAAUUGAAGACAUUAAUGAUAACUAUCCAGUUUUCUUUGCAAAUGAAUACAUUGUUACAAUAUCAGAAUCAAGGCUUCCAGGAUCUCGAUUUUCAUUAGAGGGUGCAGUUGAUGCUGAUGUUGGCACUAAUUCUGUUACAAACUAUGAGCUCAGUACAAAUGAUUAUUUUAUAUUAGAAUUUACUAAAUAUAUACAACAGAUAAGAACACUAGAACUUGUGCUAAAGAAACCACUGGACAGAGAAAAAAUAUCAUUUCAUAAUUUGACUCUUAUUGCUUUUGAUGGGGGGAAACCAAAGUUAAGUGGCACCACUCAACUUUUGAUAACAGUGGAAGAUGCAAAUGAUAAUACUCCAACUUUUGACCAACCAUUUUACCAAUGCAGAGUGAUGGAAAAUGCUCCUAUAGGAACUUUUGUUUAUAAAUUAAAUGCAACAGAUCAGGAUCAAGGUAAAAAUGGGGAGAUUUCAUACGAUUUCAGCAAACUGGUCCCCGAACAAGUAAGAAAAAUCUUUAGCUUAAACAAAAACACUGGUGAAAUUACAGUGAAGGGAGAAGUGGACUUUGAAACAAGGAAUAUGUAUGAAAUUCAAAUUGAUGCAACUGAUAAUGGUGAAAGCCCCUUGGUUGGAUACUGUAAAGUUUUAAUUACCAUUGUAGAUGUCAAUGAUAACCCUCCUGAGCUGAUAGUUACUUCACUUUCUGUCCCUGUUCCUGAGGAUGCCCCACAAGGUACUACUGUUGCAAUCAUAAGUGUACAUGACAAAGAUUCAGGAGAAAACGGAAAAAUUAACUGUUAUAUUUCUGAACCUAGGACAUUCAAAAUAAUUCCAGCAUUUGCUGGGGACUUUUCUCUAACAGUGGAUGCACCAUUAGACAGAGAAACCAAAUCUGAAUAUGAAGUAGUAAUUACUGCAAAAGAUGAAGGAUCUCCAGUUCUCUCUGUUUCUAAAACAAUUAAAGUUGAGAUAAGUGAUGUGAAUGACAAUGCCCCUGGAUUUCUGGAAUCCGUUAACACAAUAUUUCUUAAAGAGAACAACCCACCAGGGUCUCAUAUCUACACUGUAUCAGCAUCCGAUCCAGACAUCAACCAGAACUCCUUUAUCACAUACUCUCUUAGUGAAAGUACAGUCAGUGGUGUCCCAUUAUCUUCAUUUAUCUCAAUUAAUCCAGAAAAUGGCAAUCUGUUUGCUUUACUUUCAUUUGACCAUGAGCAACUUACCUAUUUUCAAUGUGAAGUUAAAGCUACAGAUGCAGGUUUGCCUCCCCUUAGCAGUUAUCUUACUCUACAUAUUUUCAUUGUCGAUAUUAAUGAUAAUGCCCCAUAUUUUUCUCCGCUUUCUUCUGUAAGUGAAUUUACAGAAAUUAAGUCAUUAAAAUCAGCACACGCUGGUUCCUUGGUAACAAAGAUUACAGCAGUGGAUUUGGAUUCUGGAUACAAUGCUUGGAUAUCUUAUGAAUUUAAGAAACCUUUUGCAAGUUUACCAUUUCAAAUUUCUCAGAAGACUGGGGAAAUCAGAUUAACACGAUCUUUUAUGGAAUCAGAUGUUUAUGAAUUUAGACUUGUAGUUGUGGCUCAGGAUCAUGGAGAACCUUCAAUGUCGACAAUGAUGCCCAUUAUCAUUUCUUUGGUGGAUUCAGAAGAAGACCUUAAAGUAGAUCAUCAAAAUUCAAAUGAGAAAGAAGGUGAAUUCACUGAUGCAAAUGUUUAUUUGGUUAUAGCCAUUUGCUCGAUCUCAAGUGUAUUCCUUAUUACUUUAAUUGCAUUUACUGUUUUAAGAUGGCAAAAAUAUAGGGAUGAGGUAAAUGAACUUAAAGAGAGCUACAAGGUAUGCUCAAACACAGUUGGCAGUUGGAUAUAUUCCCAACAGAGUCAAUAUAAGUUAUACUUAAAUUCUCUCCAAAGGAACGAUUUGAUUGUGUUUACUCCUAAUUGCCCUCAGUCCUCAGAGAAUGAAAGAAAUUCAAAUGAGCCAGGAAAAGAAGCCAAAUCUUCUUUACAGGUGAGAUUAUAA